UAAGUGUGGGAGAGAGAGUGUGUACAGCUAAGCCAGCAACGCAAUGCGACAGGUUUUCUUGGUUAGCGUGAGUUGUAUUUUCUGAUUUCAUUUUUUUAGCGUUUCGGAGGCGAAUCGAGCUCCGAUGGCGAGCCUGUGGCGCGCGGCGGCUGGCUUGACGGAGAAGCCGAACGACUACGACGGCGUUGAGUUCUGGUCGAACCCGGAGCGCACGGGGUGGCUUACGAAGCAAGGAGAGUACAUCAAGACGUGGCGGCGGCGGUGGUUCGUCCUGAAGCAAGGGAAGCUCUUCUGGUUCAAGGACUCCGCCGUCACACGCGCAUCCAGGCCACGCGGCGUCAUACCGGUGGCGUCCUGCCUCACGGUGAAGGGUGCGGAGGACGUGCUCAACAAGCCCUACGCCUUCGAACUCUCCACGCGCUCCGACACCAUGUACUUCAUCGCCGAUUCGGAGAAGGAGAAGGAGGACUGGAUCAACUCCAUCGGCCGCUGCAUCGUCCAGCACUCCAGAUCCGUCACCGAUUCCGAGAUCGUCGAUUACGAUAACGCCAAGCGCUGAGAGAACGAAUCUUCCAAUUUCCAUCGCGAUUCACUCCUGGUGCGUGAUCUUUUUCGAUUCUUCAAUCCACGCGCCUAUGUUUCAGUAAAUUGUCUCUUUCUUUUUUAUAUUGUUAAUUAUUUCUGUGAUUAUGUAUAUUAUCAAAUUAAUUGCCGAUCGUAUUCAUUCUUGUAAGGAAACUGUGUUUAUGUACUUGGAUUGCUAUAGUUUGAAUUCUCGUCGAUUA